CGGCGGCGCGGCGGUGAUUGCGUCACGGCGGCGGCGGCGGCGGCAGCGGCGGGAGGGCCCGGGGCGGCAUGGAGAGCGCGAGCCAGGAUAUCAACCUUAACUCUCCCAACAAAGGUCUGCUGUCGGAUGCCAUGACAGAUGUCCCCGUGGAUAGCGCGGCUGCGGCCAGGACCGCCGCUCCCGAGGGGCUGACUCUGGCUGAGGAGGAGGAGCUGAGGUCGGAGCUUGCCAAGGUUGAAGAGGAGAUUGGCACUCUGAGGCAAGUGCUGGCUGCCAAGGAGAGACACUGUGGGGAGCUGAAGAGGAAGCUGGGGCUGACUCCCCUGGAUGGGUUAAAGCAGAACCUGUCCAAGAGCUGGCACGACGUCCAGGUCUCCAACGCUUAUGUGAAAACAUCUGAGAAACUUGGAGAAUGGAAUGACAAAGUGACACAGUCCGACUUAUAUCUUUCAGCCAGCAGCACACUGGAGGACUGGAAUGAAAAAUUAACUCAAUCAGAAGCUUAUAAGAAGACCCAGGAAACCCUUUCCCAGGCAGGACAGAAGACUUCAGCAGCCCUCUCCAAUGUAGGUUCUGUUAUCAGCAGGAAACUUGGUGACAUGAGGGCUCACCCCUUCUCCAAUUCCUUUAGCAGCUACUCCAUCCGCCACUCGAUAAGUAUGCCAGCCAUGAGGAAUUCUGCAACCUUCAAGUCAUUUGAAGACAGAGUUGGGACCAUAAAGUCCAGAGUGGUGGGCAGUAGGGAAAACAGCAGUGACUGCCUCCACUCCCCCUUGGGAGCUGGAGAGAAGCCUCCCCAGGACAACACUCCCUUCUAGACCUGUGGUGUGGCUGUGCACGACUGGGAGCAAGUCCCCCCUUCCCUUCCUCCCCAGUCUUCACAACAGCAACAACAUGCAAAUCCCACGAAGGGGCUGAGAGCCAGUCUGGAGAGAUCCAUCCUUCAUUCAUAGACACUGCUGCUGGAUCUAAGUCAAAUAAAGAGAAUGCAAAGUUUUGUACACAAAUAAUAUUUUACACUAAAGUUUGUAGGUUAAAUGUAUCACUGCUGUCCUUUUGGGAGAGCAUGUAAGAGGAGUUUCCUUUCAAGUAGCUCAGAAAUGCCACUGGUGGAGAUAAAAAAACAGUUUUCCCUUGUCUGACAUAACUUGGAACUGACACGUUGCCCUGAGCAGUGUGAGGACAGUUACUGGAGAAGCCAAGUGCACGGGCAUCUCAGCUUCAGCUCCUGGCUGUGCUCUCUGCUCAGGGCAUGUCAUGCAGCUACUCGUGAGCUCCCAAGCUUCUCCUGUUACUGUUUUCUGCAGCUCUCAUUGGAGUAAGUCUGAUAAAUGGGGUAAACAGUUCUGUUUGUUGUUUGGUUGUGUUUUUUUCUUUUUCUGGGCUCCCAUAAGGGAAACUUCCCUUAGCAGCUGCCUCGUUGUUACACUAAUGCUCUAGCUUUACCAGAACUAAAAAUCUUUAUUUUUAAAUGCAAUGAACUUUAAACAAAUAAAGCUUAAAAAAAAAAAAAAAAAAAAAAAAAAAGCAGCUUUGGCAUCAUAUUAGGGAAUGGACUCUGAAAUGGAUCUGCAAGCCUUACAUCACCUUAUGCUUUACUGGUUUAUGUUUUUUUUUUUUCUGUAGAGGAGGCUGUCAGGCUGCUCAAGCUGGAUGUUGAGCACUGGGGUUUUGCAUCAUGCAGUAGCAGCAGCAUGCUGGUCAGCCUGUCCUUGUGUUCCCUUCAGUGGUGCACUCCUGUUGCCCGAGUGUAUGAAACUUGCUUCUCCCUUCUCAUUUUACACCUUUGUUCUUGGAGGAAGAAUUCCUGAAGGCUGCUGGCAGCAGGGCCAGAUGGAAAGGGCCAGAGCUGCCCCUAGCAGUGUGGAGCUGGUGUUGGAGGGACUCUGCUCUCUGCAGGCUCCUCCAGCUGGUACAUCUGACUGUGACUGGAUGGGUUUUUCAGUUGAAGGCCCCAGCUCUGAGCUUGGUUUACAAAACUGGCACAGAGUCACAGCUCAGCCUGUUCUCCCUGGGUGUUCUGCUCAUUUGAUGUCCAACUUCAUUGCUCAGGAGCUGAAAAAUUCUGAGUUUUCUACUAGAGGCCUGAACUUCUAGGCCAGGUGCCUCCACACAGACGUACCUAGAGUGAGCAAUUCUGUGCCUUAGAGGCGAGGUGGGACUUACUCAGGUCUUUAGGUUUGCUUAUGUACAUAUCUGGGUCAUUUUAGUGGUUUAUCCCCCUGGAGGGACUGAAUUGUCUCUGAUCCUUCUGUAGAGAAGCAAGUUUUGACACUUACCUGCUGGUUAAUUCCCUUUCCCCCACCCCUGCUCCCCUCCUGCAGACCUGGGGACACAGAGGAGCUGGUAGAAGGCAGAUGUACUGGGGGGGUGCAGUGUCAUUUACUGGUGCUCCCCGUUUGGAACUGGCCUCCCUGCGAGGAGCAGAGCUGGUGAGACGGGGGCUGCUGGAGCUUGGGUAUUGAACUGGUUCUUUAUACAGAUAAAUAGUGAGGAAACCUGUCAAUAAAGCAUCCUUUGGGAGAAAA